CACUGUAGCAGCCUGUUAGACACUAGUAAGUCACUAGGCGUCUCUGCUAUCUGACACAUGCAGCAUAACGCCACUAUGCGCUGUUUCCUGCUGUCCCUGGCUGCUUCUUUCACAUUUAUGUGGGGAGGCUGCUAUGCCCGGGAUCUCCCGCUCCACAGGGAGCUCCCAGUAUCUUCCCUACACCUUAUACGGGGGAACGGGAGUCACGUCCAACCAAAGGAUGGCCACAUGAGGGGGAACGGAAUUUCCGUGCAACAUAUAGGAGAUACCAGGCAGUCGGCUCUCGAAUGCAGUGAUUACACGAUGUCUGCAGGAGGUUAUGCAGUUAUUCAGUCAGAAAACUACCCAGACAAUUAUCCCAACAGUCACAACUGCUACUGGACUUUCGAGACCACUGAUGAUUCUACCAUCUCCUUUUCUUGUGAUGAUUUCGAUGUGAGAUCAUCCAGUGACUGCAGAAGAGACUUCAUGGAUCUUACAGACUUCGCCACAAUAAACUACAGGUUCUGCGGCACUGGUUACAUCGAACCGAUCACUGAUAUGGAAGGCUUCGUUCAAAUCAGAUUCCGUACCAACAGAAGAGGAACUGCAAGAGGGUUUUCUUGCGAGAUAUGGGCUUCAUCUGAUGUGACAACCGGAAGCACCACCGAAGCAGGUUCCAGUGAAUCUACAGCUAGCUCAGAAGGACCAACCGAAAGCAAUUCUACCAACGAACCGCCUUCAGACGACUGCAACUGUGGCGUGCGCAACACUGCUUCUCGGAUCGUGGGCGGCGAGGAAACAACCCUUCACGAGUAUCCGUGGCAGGUGGCGCUCGUCUCAAAGAGUGGUAACAGGCCCUACUGCGGAGGCUCCAUCAUCUCUAACCAAUGGAUUCUUACCGCCGCACACUGUGUUGAUCGCAACACCGUCUCAGAUACAGAUAUAGUUAUCGGAGAACACGACUGGUCUACAUCAUCUGAUACGUCGGCCACGGAAAGGAAGAGCCUCUCCCAGGCUAUUAGGCAUCCCAGUUACAGCUCGCAGGCAUUAGACAACGACAUUGCGCUACUGCAGCUAGCUGAGCCCAUCACCUUUCCAAGUAACAACAAAAUCGCCCCGGUUUGCCUUGCAACACCUGAUAAUCUUUACGAGGCUGUGCAGGCCACCAUCACUGGCUGGGGCACGCUCAAGUCAGGAGGAUCACAGCCGUACAAGCUCAACGAAGUGACGGUACCGACAAUGACCAACGCAGCAUGCAAAGCCACUGGCUACGACGACGAUGAGAUCACCGCAAAUAUGAUCUGCGCCGGAGUGUCAGAGGGAGGAAAAGACUCCUGCCAGGGUGACUCUGGUGGCCCCAUGGUGACUGGCUCAGGCUCCAUGCAACAGAUCGGCGUUGUGUCCUGGGGAUACGGCUGUGCCGAUCAAAGAUACCCCGGCGUCUACACCAGAGUCAGCAAUUAUGUUUCAUGGAUCGAGGGCAAAAUAGCUGGAUCUCAAACCUGCACACCUGCAGCCUGAACACUUCGUCUUCAGAAACUCUUGAUGUCUCGCUACGGAGAUCGCCGUAAUUUGUCACUGGUGCAAUAUCAAUAAAAAAUAAUGCAGCA